AUGGAUUCAGAAAAGACAAAACAAAAGCUUAGCAGAGCUUCAGACACAGCAGAUGCCUCUCUCUCAAAGAUGGAUCGAAUAAGCAAGAAAAAGCAAAAACUCAGCGAAUCACAAGUAAUCGCAAGUCCCUCUCUCUCAAAAGAGGAGUUGCAAAAGGCGAUGAAGAAGCAAAACGCCGCCGCUUUGGAUCUUACGCGUAAAGUAAUUGCUUCCGAAGCACGUCACUCUAACUUUGUCUUCUCUCCGGCGUCAAUCAGCGCUGCGCUCACAAUGAUGGCUGCCGAAAACGGCUUCGGCUCCGACAAGCUUAACGCCGUCUACAGCGAGAUCGCUACCGUCGUUUUUGCUGACGGAAGUGCCAGCGGUGGCCCCAAAAUCUCGGCGGUUAACGGCGUUUGGGUCGAGCAAUCACUCCCGGUUGAUAUUUCGUUGAAGGAUCUCGUUGUGAAUAUCUUCAAGGCUACUUUCACUCAAGUUGAUUUCAUAUCCAAGGCUGAGGAAGUGCGUAUAGAGCUGAAUAAAUGGGCUUCAGAUCACACCAAUGGUCUCAUCAGAGAUCUUCUUCCUCCUGGAUCCGUUAAUCCUUCAACCAAAAAGGUUUAUGGAAACGCAUUGUACUUCAAAGGAGCCUGGAAAGACGAAUUCAAAAACUUACAACGGUUUCAAGGUCCUUGGACUACCAUACCGACAAGGCUUCAUGACGAUGCCGACCGGAAAUUCUCAAUGUAUUUCUAUCUUCCGGACAAGAAAGAUGGUUUGGACAAUCUUCUUGAGGAAAUGACAUCAACUCCUGGAUUCUUGGAUCGUCAUAUUCCCAAAUACAGAGUUGAAGUUGGCGAUUUCAGAAUUCCAAAGUUUAACUUCUCUUUCGAGUUUGAGGCUUCAAGGGCUUUGGAGGGAGAGGUUAAAGUAAUGUACCAUAAAGCUUGUGUCGAGAUUGAUGAACAAGGCGCUGAAGCUGCGGCUGUCACUUUUUUAUGUUUUAGUGGAGGCGCGCUUGGUUGCAAGCCUCCUCCCAAGAGGAUAGAUUUUGUGGCUGAUCAUCCAUUUCUUUUCUUGAUUAGAGAAGACACAACCGGAACCGUUUUGUUCUCUGGUCAAAUCUACGAUCCUAGCAGAUAA